UCCCUUCACCUCCCUCGUGCACCAGAAAGAAAUCCCCCUCUGCGCAGCAGCAGUCUGUCCCGUCUUUCUCGUUUGACUUGUCCCACGAGAUUUCGUCUGCUUGUGCUACCUUGCUGCACGACCUCGGCCGCCCUAAUUCUGGACUGUGCUCUCGCGAGCGUUCGGGUGGUUUCACACCUAUGUCCAAGAGCAUCACCUGAACGCAUCGCCCGCCCCGACUCUUUUUGUUGCGACGCUUAUUUUUCUCCAUUCUGGUAGACUGGAACUGUCCGAGAGUCUGCGCCCGCGGGGCCUCGCCUGUUCGCGCACCGCCUGCUUCCAUAAUCGAGCGGCGCGAACACAGCGUGGCCGUCGGUUCCCAACUGCGAGCUUGCUGGUGCAGAAAUGACGGCUCGCAGUCGGCCCCACGAGACAUGACCGCCGCUGCUUAGCUUCUCACGUCCACCAUCCACGGGUAGAUCUGUCACACUCACGUUUCCAACUAAUAAGUAUGUUUUCCUUUCUAGGAGGUAGCAGUUCACUGCUUGCCGCUCGCCAUGAUCCAACAAAGGAGCGCCCAGCGCCCCCGUAUCCGACGCCCGUCUCCUUCCCCAGGCUCGAAUCUUUUCGAGAAGCACCGCACGCAUGGACGGAGGGGUCGGCACCAGAUCUCUUCAAGCACUAUAGUCGAAUCAGGAAGCUAAGCGACGUCUCAACCCAGCAUCUGGCAGCCCUGAAUGUAUCCCUACGGGACAUCAGCCAUGAUUUUGACGACUUUUUUUCAACGAAUGAGCUUGCCCACGCAUUUGUCCCGCCCGCUUCGUGGUUGGAACCUUCCGCGGCGCCUUCCUCGGCCCUUCCUGCUCUGCCAGGCCAAUCACGUGUGCUGAGCAAUGGUCGCCCUUUCCCCUCGCAGCAGGAUUUCUCGAUCAGAAGCAAGGAGCUUAGACACACCAAUGAGGAUGCCUACCGUGCGCUUACUCGGACGCCGCACAAUGGCCAACCCCCCGCACGCCUAGCGCAUUUUCGCCGUUUCUGGGAAGCUUUAGACAACAUGAACUAUUACUGGGACACGUCAUGCGACGAAUACAUUCCAGAAGGGUCUGUAUCGCAGUCUGACAAUGGAAGGGCGCGCAAAGAAGAGUCCUCCGAAGACGCAGAUGAGGCUGUCGUCGACACAGACGAGCCUCGAAAGAGGGUUAGACCCAAUCCUCAACCGGACACCAGCGGUGCAGGAUUCGAGCUACCGGUAGGGCCAGCGCCGCCCUCGGGAGAGUUGCUGCUUGAUAUCCGCCCACCCAAGGUACCCGGGAGCGCUGAGAAGCCACCAGGCACGUACCGGGGGAACCGGAUUGGAAAUGGUGCGGGCAUGCCAGAAUCAUAUCGCACUGACGCAGCCCGAGCCUUUGUCGAGCCCAUUGCAUGGUCCUUUGGCUUCACAAUGGCGGCACAUCGUAAGCCGCCCGUGCUGGAGAUCAAAUCGUUGCUUGUGCCAAUCAAGCUUUCUGGAACUGUUUGGCGGCCACCCAACGAGCGGGAGAAGGCACGAGCUGGGUGUCUCCAAGGGCCAGUCCUCGGCAUUAGCUGUAGGAGUGAGACUGAGUUUGCCGAAGGUAAGGCUGAUCCAGUGCUCGACGUACUGAGAGAGCUCGGUGCAAUGCUCUGUUUGGCUCAGGAGCGCGCGCGUGAGGGGCGAACAGAGCGUAAACCUGGAGAGAACAGAUGGUGGACAAGCGUGCCCCGGUGGGGAGGCGGCCCAGGUGGAGAAAUGGGCGAAGCCAUCACUUCAAGUGAUGAUGAUAUCGAACCUGGUGGCGAAGAAAAGACUGCACCAAACUCCGAAACAAAGGCAAGAGCAAAUACGCGUGGAACGAGCUCGAAGAGAAAGCAGGCCAUUAUCAACGCCUGGAAGACACUACGUGUUGGGUCAGGCUACUGGGAUCCAAGAGUUGAUUAUGCUGCGGUCGGGAAGCCUCCUGGAUCGAAAUGGGAUGAAAUAUAUCUCGUUUCGUCCCUCAACCACCACAUUAGCAUUUUAAGACUUCGCGUGCAUGACGACUACAUUCACUACCUUCUCACAGGCGACUGCCCGAAGCAGGUUACAGAUCCCGAGUGGUCAACGCCAGUCUUGUCUCGCAGCAGGUGGUUUGAUCUUUUCACGCCAGAGGACAGACUCGAGGCUUUCAGGCUUUUGUGGGGUAUUAUGGGGUACUUGGCUCGCGUCGAUUAGACACUCGAGCUGAUAUUUUGAGACUUAAUUAUCAUUAUCUGAUUAGAUCCCGAUAAACGAGAAUCAUAUAAUGACUAUCUGAUGGGAGUUCAUGCUUCAUGACGUUCUUCUUGGCACUUUAACAGCCAAGCCAAAC